UAUAAGCAUUGUAGGCCAGCAUUACCUUCAAUUCAUCUCAUUCACACUCACCUCACUUUGGGUCGACCUAAAGAUUGCAGAAAAUAAUUAGAAGAUGGUGAGACCAGGCGCUUUCUGCUGCAAAUGGCUCUUUCUAUUCUUCAUCUUUGUUGGCUACAUUUCUCUUCCCACAAAAGCUGCUGUGAAGAAGUACCAGUUUGAUGUUCAAGUGAAGAAUGUGAGCAGACUAUGCCAUGCCAAACCCAUUGUAACUGUAAAUGGGAUGUUUCCAGGACCUACCAUUUAUGCAAGGGAAGGCGAUCGAGUGAUCGUCAAUGUUUCCAACUAUGCCCAAUAUAACAUGUCUAUUCAUUGGCAUGGAUUGAAGCAGUUCCGGAAUGGUUGGGCGGAUGGCCCAGCUUAUAUAACACAGUGUCCCAUCCAAACGGGGCACAGCUACGUUUAUGAUUUCAAUGUUACUGGUCAAAGAGGAACUCUAUGGUGGCAUGCACAUAUCCUUUGGUUAAGGGCUACUGUUUAUGGUGCUAUUGUCAUCAUGCCAAAAGAAGGAACUCCGUUUCCAUUCCCACAGCCUUACAGCGAAGUUAAUUUACUCUUAGGAGAAUGGUGGAACACCGACGUCGAAGAGGCAGUAAAACAAGGCAACAAAUUAGGCUUGCCGCCGGUAGCAUCAGACGCUCAUACCAUCAAUGGAAAGCCAGGGCCUCUUUUCCCAUGUUCUGAGAAACAUACCUUUGCAAUGGAGGUUGAACAGGGAAAGACCUAUCUCUUGAGAAUCAUCAACGCUGCACUCAACGACGAGCUUUUCUUUGCAAUAGCUGGUCACAACAUGACAGUGGUGGAGAUUGAUGCAGUUUAUACCAAACCAUUCAGCACUGAGGCCUUACUAAUUGCACCAGGCCAGACCACAAAUGUUCUCGUUCAAGCCAACCAGGUUCCAAGCAGAUACUUUAUGGCUGCUAGGCCUUUCAUGGACGUCCCACUUCCCAUCGACAACAAAACCGUCACAGCUAUACUGCAAUACAAAGGCAUCCCAAACACUCUUCUCCCAGUUCUUCCUCAUUUGCCUGCACCAAAUGACACCUCAUUCGCAUUGAACUACACCCACAAGCUUAGGAGCUUAAACACUCCUCAAUUCCCCGCCAAUGUCCCUCUCAACGUUGAUCGGCAUCUUUUCUACACAAUCGGUUUGGGAGUAAAUCCAUGCCCCAGUUGCGUGAAUGGAACACACUUGACUGCUUCUUUGAACAACAUUACUUUUGUACUGCCCCAAGUUGGGAUUCUUCAAGCUCAUUAUUUCAAUAUCAAGGGAGUGUUCAGCACAGAUUUCCCCGACCGUCCUCCCGCUCCUUUCAAUUACACAGGUGCACCACUUACAGCCAACCUCAGAACUUCUUUGGGAACCAGGCUCAGUAAGAUUGCCUACAAUUCAACUGUGGAAUUAGUACUUCAGGACACCAAUCUUCUCAGUGUCGAGUCCCAUCCUUUCCACCUUCACGGUUACAAUUUCUUUGUUGUUGGAACGGGAAUUGGGAAUUACGAUCCUGCAAAAGACCCAGCCAAUUUUAACUUGGUAGAUCCCCCAGAGAGGAAUACAGUUGGAGUUCCCACAGGAGGUUGGACUGCUAUUAGAUUCAGAGCUGAUAACCCAGGUGUUUGGUUCAUGCACUGUCAUUUGGAACUCCAUACUGGUUGGGGUUUGAAGAUGGCAUUCGUUGUAGAGGAUGGACCAGGGCCCGAUCAGUCCAUUCUUCCUCCGCCAAAGAAUUUGCCCCCUUGUUAGAUGUUUGGGAAAAUGUGAAUAGCACUAACAACGAAGGAUCUGUUCGUGCAAGGCUUCAGUGUUUUUAUCUCCUGGAAGUUGCAGGAGAUUCAUGUGGAGGAUGAUAAGUGAAUUUGGACAAAAUAAGUAUAGAAAAGGGGUGGAGGUCUGUUUGAUCAUUUGAUAUUGUUUUGAGCGGUCUACAUUAAAGACCGCAUGUAUAAUCAAUUGAAGUGUGGAAAUAUGGAUUCUUGUGUUCUUUGCCCAUUA